UCUCACCCCUCAUAAAGCAACAAAUCUUAGAAGCUCAAUUUGAUCAGGUUCAGGACUGUUGCUUACAACAAUGAAAGGUGUUCAAUUCCUUGUAGCAUUUGUCCUCUUGGCUUUGGCUUCCAAAUUUGUCUCAGCUUCAGAUCCCAGCCCUCUUCAGGAUUUCUGUGUAGCAAUUAAUGAUACUAAAGACGGUGUUUUCGUUAAUGGCAAGUUCUGCAAGGACCCCAAGCUUGCAACCGCAGAAGACUUCUUCCUGCCUGGCCUCAACAUUCCUGGAAAUACAUCAAACCAAGUAGGAUCAAUGGUCACUCCAGCCAAUGUUCAACAAAUACCUGGACUUAACACUCUUGGCAUAUCUCUUGUUCGAAUUGACUAUGCACCUUACGGUGGCCUAAACCCUCCUCACACUCACCCUCGUGCCACUGAAAUUCUAGUCGUUGUGGAGGGCACACUUUCCGUCGGCUUUGUCACAUCGAACACGGAUAACCGUCUCUUCACCAAAGUCCUAUACCCCGGAGAUGUAUUCGUUUUCCCCGAAGGUAUGAUUCACUUCCAGUUCAACAUAGGGAGUACGAAUGCGGUUGCCUUUGCUGCUCUCAGUAGCCAAAACCCAGGGGUGAUCACCAUUGCAAAUGCAGUGUUCGGCUCUGACCUGGCCAUCAAUCCUGAUGUUCUUGCCAAGGCCUUCCAGCUGGAUCAAAAUAUCGUUAAACAACUUCAGUCCCGGUUCUGGUGGGACAACAACUAGGGGAUACUUCUAAACCCCAUGAACCUUAGUAGCUAAUUGUUUGGAUGAUGUUUAACUUGUUUUUCACGUUGAAUUUAGUUGAAAGAAAAAUAAAAAAAUAAAGAGGUUUCUCAUGUACCUUUGUAACCUCUCAGUAAUAUUAUUUUUGUCAUACGAUAUAGAGUAUUACAAUUACAAUUUAUUUUUAAUUUGAA